CUGCUCCAGCCUCACCUCACUUCAUGCUGUGGUAAACAUCUCUCAGAGGAAGCUGCUACAAGGAUAAAGAAAAAGGGACGACGCCCAUGUUCACUCUGCAAAACUUCUCCGUGGAGCAUAAUGUUGGAUAAGCAUUUCCAACGUAAAGUGAACUCACUGUCUGUGUUCUGUUGCCACGAGGACAGAGGGUGCUGGUGGAUCGGAGAGCUGGCUGCCUUUCAUAAUCAUGUCGUUUGUUGUCCCAUGUCAAAUGCUACACGGAUAAUGGAGCUACCUCUGUAUGGAGGUGGAGAAACAGUCAGAGUAGAGAGUUCUCUUAAACACGUGGAUCAUUCGUAUAAUACUCAGCUUGUCAAGUUACCAACAGCUUCCAUACCACCACCUACAGUCAAACCAGGAGAGGUAUGAGU